AUUUUAGAAAUGUAUUUACAGUAGUAAACUUGAUGGUUUUCUUCACUCAGAGGGCUGAACUCGUGUCCAUGAGGCGUGGUAGAGGCUAGACGUGUCACCGAUCACCCCCGUAGUGAUGUGGAAGCUCCAGUUACAGCACGACACUCAGCGCUGGACUUUAUCCUGCAGAUGGCCAGACGCUUAUAAAAACCAGUAAAGAGAGCAGACAGAAUCAACAGCUGACCGAACAGGAAGAUCAUCCACACAGCAUCAAACAUGAAGAUCCUUGUGGUCCUUGUCGUUGCAGUUUUCACUGCCGGCUGCAACGCCAACAUCGAGCUUCAGACUCCAUCCAAACAGCAGCUGGACAUGGUCAAAGAUGCAUUCUGGGAUCACGUCGCCAAGGCAACCGCCACCGCCGAGGACUCACUGAAGAAGAUCAGAGAGUCGGAGCUUGGACAGGAGUUCAACUCGCUCAUCGCCUCCCAGGACCUGGUCUCCACCUUCUCCCAGGAAGCCGAGCAGCUCAAGGCCCGUUUGGAGAAAGGCCUGCAGCCCUACGCCCAGGAGAUGCUGGACAUGCUGCAGACCAAGCUGGAGGAGCUGAAGAAGGAGAUGGAGACGUCGGACGCCGAGGCCCUGAAGGAGCUUAUGCUGCAGAGGAGCCAGGAGCUGAAGCUGCAGCUGGACCAGAGCGUGGAGCAGCUGCAGACCAGGGUGGGUCCCUACGCCGAGGAGAUGAAGCAGAAGCUGGACCAGGGCAUGGAACAGCUGCAGACCAGGAUGGUUCCCUACGCCGAGGAGAUGAAGCAGAAGCUGCAGGAGAGUCUGGAUGGCUUCCAGAGGAGCUUUGAGGUCCACGUGGCCCAGAAGGCCCAGGAGGUCCGGAAGCAGCUGGCCCCAUACGAAGAAGAGCUGAAGGCCAAGCUGACCAGCGAGAACCUGAAGGCCCAGCUCGGUGCUCUGUGGGACGCCUUCAGCAAGCUGCCUGGACUCUGUCUGAACAUCUGCAACGUGGAGCUAAAACUACUCAACGUAUUCAUCAUGAGGGUGUUUGCAGUAAUCCUGGUGCUGGCCGUCCUCUCAGGCUGCAGCGCUCGCAGUAUUCCUCCUCAAGACUUCCUCAACUGGGAGGCUCCUCUGGCCAAGUUCACCGCUUACUUCUCCGACAUGAACGAUAAAACCGACGAUCUGCUGGAGAAAAUCAGGAGCUCCGAGAUCAGCAGAGAACUGGACACCCUGAUCCAGGACAGCAUGUCAGAGUUGGCCAUGUACCGAGACGACCUGCAGACCAAGCUGGCUCCGUACACCCAGGAGGCAGCUGAACGUCUGGGCAAGGACCUGAAGAAGAUGGCCGACAAGCUGGGGGAGCACAUGAAGGAGGCCCGGGACCAGAUGGAGAAGUACGGCAGCGAGCUGCAGACCAUGAUGGAGCAGAACAGCGACGAUGUUCGGGGCCGAGUGUCGGCCUACAGCCGCAAGAUGAAGAAACGCCUCAACAAGGACUCCGAGGAGAUCAAGAGACGCGUAUCCGAGUAUCUGGAGGAGCUUCAGACCAGGAGCUCGGAGAACAUGGAGGAGAUGAGGACUCGCCUGGACCCCUACUUUGCUCAGGUCCGAACCAACGCCCAGGCCAAGAUCACCACCCUGAACGACCUGCUGAAGGCUCAGGUGGAGAACGUGAAGAACAAGAUCCAGAAAGCCGCCGACGACAUCAAGGACCGGUGGGAGGACACCGCCGAGGACCUGCGAUCCACCCUGAAGGAGAAGAUGACGGAGCUGCGCACCUGGUUCCAGCCCUACAUGUCCAUGUUUAGAGAAGAGUAAACAUCAUCAGUCCAGAUUCCUGUUCUUCUGUUUGAUUUAUGGAAAGAGUUUGAAGAAUGAUCACCAAUAAAAACGUCUCCUUACAGAACAGAUGU